CUCUGGGAAAGUAAUUGGGUGUCUGAUUCAUUUCCGGCAUUCUGAACCCUCCUAAACCCCUACCACCGGCGGAGGGCCUUCAAGAAUGGGGAAGAAGAAGCAUAAGCGGCCGGAAUCAGAAUCGGAGGCACUUGACAGAGGCGACUCCGAAGCUCAGCUCGUCAAUGGAUGUUCUCCUGAGAAGAAAAAGAGGAAGAAGAAGAAGAAACUUGAGAAUGAAGAAAUUGAGGGGGAGAAGAGGGAACCGGUUUCAAAACCUACAGUGAGCAUUGCGGUAUCCGGUUCCAUCAUUGACAACGCUCAAUCCCUUGAGCUUGCCACCAGAUUGGCUGGUCAAAUUGCUCGUGCGGCAACCAUAUUCCGAAUUGACGAGGUGGUGGUAUUUGACAGUGGAAGGAACUCAGUGACUGGCUCGGAUACUGUGGCAGCGAACAAUUCUGACGAGGAUGAAAGCGGCGCUGCUUUUCUUAUAAGGAUCUUGAAGUAUCUUGAGACACCACAAUACUUGAGAAAAGCUCUUUUCCCAAAGCACAACAAUUUGAGAUUUGUGGGGAUGUUGCCCCCGCUUGAUGCUCCCCACCAUUUGCGCAAGCAUGAAUGGGGUCCCUAUCGAGAAGGUGUUACCCUCACACAGAGAGAAAGAGCUCCGGAUGCUAGAGGAACGCCAGUUGAUGUUGGUCUGAGUAAGAAUGUGGUAGUUGAUGAAGUACUUGAACCUGGAAUUAGAGUAACAGUAGCUAUGGGAACUGAUCGCAAUUUACUUGCUGAUCUACCCCGCCAGGUUGCCUCAUCCUCAAGGCCUGUGGAAGAAGGACUUUAUUGGGGUUAUAGAGUGCGAUAUGCUUCUUGUCUGAGUGGUGUAUUUAAGGAGAGUUCAUACAAGGGUGGUUAUGAUCACGUGAUUGGCACCUCAGAGCAUGGAAUGGUCGCUAAGUCCUCAGAACUAAAACUACCCUCUUUCAGGCAUCUUUUAAUUGCCUUUGGUGGACUUGCCGGCUUGGAGGAGAGCAUCGAGGAAGAUAACAGCUUAAAGGGUAAAGAUCCUCGCGAGAUCUUCUCUUCAUACUUAAAUACAUGCCCGCUGCAAGGAAGUCGAACAAUUCGAACAGAGGAAGCAAUAUUCAUCUCUCUCCAGUAUUUCCAAGAACCGAUAAGCCGGGCGAUGCAGGUGGCAGCAGAUUAGAUUAGAAUGUUCAGCUUCAAAACAUGUGUUGUAGAAUCUUCAGAGUUCAUGAUCAUCAUGUCAAUGAGCUCUCCCGCUGAACUUGGCAGCUGAUUCAGUUUGUGUUGUAAUUGUAAUUUUAGUUGUCCUGGAAAUUUGGGACACUUUAAUUAAUGUCUUGUUUUGAUUUUCUAGGCCUAGAGAAUAUGGACAAGAUUUUUAGGGACGGAGGAAACAUAUCCACGAUUGUGGGUAAUUGAAACGGUCCCAUUUUCAUCACAGCCAAUGGUGGGAGUCUGGGCUUCCAAA